UAUAAAUUCGAAGGUUGUAGGUGAGACCCACAAUGCAUUGUACCUAGUUUGCUGACUUUUGACCUUUGCGGUGGCGGGAAGUAACUUUGGAACCAUAUUUUCUGCUUUUAUUUCUGUCCGUUCUACUUCCAUCCCCAGAAAAGUACAAUGGACGACGGUCAGUCAAAGGACGAUAGUCACACCACGGAAGUCAGUGAGACAGUGGAUGAGAAAGUGGACGGUGGACUAGAGUGUGACGACUCUGACUGGUAUCCAGCCACUUUCCUGCAGCGGUUACUGGACUUCAGGUCGGAGGGUCACCUGUUGGAUGUAACGCUGUGUGCGGAAGGGAAGGAGAUCCCCUGUCACCGCCUGGUCCUGUCUGCCUUUGCUGAGUACUUCCAUGCCAUGUUCCGCGGAGGCCACAGUGAGAGUAAGAAGGACAAGAUAGAGAUAGGAGGGGUGAGUGCAGAGGCACUGCAACAGCUGGUGGACUAUGCCUACACAUCCAAAAUCACCGUCACCACUGAUAAUGUCCAGUCACUGUAUGAGGCUGCUAAUAUGCUGCAGGUAAAGUCUGUUGAGGACAGGUGUGAACAGUUUCUCACAGACAAGUUGAGUCCUGAGACAUGUUUGGAAAGCUGGGUACUGGCAGACAAGGUGUCAUGCAAACGAUUGUUAGAGAAGGCAAAAUUCCAUGCUUUAAAAAAUUUUGAACAAGUCUGCAUGACCGAGGAGUUCCUUGAGCUACCUGUAGACAUUCUAAAGGCAUAUCUCUCAGAUAGUGGCCUUCAUACUAAGAAAGAAGAACAAGUGUUGGAAGUGAUCAUGCGUUGGGCAGGACAUGAUCUUCAACAGAGACAAAUACAUGUCAAGGCGCUCCUUGAGUGUGUUUGUUUCUCACAUGUGGACCAAGACUAUCUGAAGGACAUUCUGAAGAAAGACAGAACAUUGUCAAGCAUUCCUGGAGUCAAGGAACUGAUACAGGAUCAGUCUAUGCACGCUAGGCCUCGUCAUAUCCAUCAAGAGGAAAUUCUUGUUCUAGGUGGCAUCAAACAUGUCAUGCAACCAGAGGAAGAGGAUAACAAGGACAUAUACAGACUUAGCCUCAACUGUGAUUGUGUUGACAUUUCUCCAUUGCCAGAAUUUCUUUUGGAAAGCGACGGAUAUGAAGCUUGUGUUGUUAACAAUGAUGUUGUUAUAACAGUGGCUCAGUCAUUUUCUGAAUGCAAAGUAUGGCAGUGUUCACUUAAUUCUUUUACUCAGCUGGGAAAUCUUGUUAGGAAAGAGAGACAAUUCAAUAGUGUUGUAGCUUUACACGGACAGGUGUAUGUUCUUGGCGGUAUUACCUUACCCAAUUGGGAACCAGUAUAUGAUGUUGAGGUGUACAGUGAAACGACUGAUAGUUGGAAUCUGGUAGCACCAUUGUCAUUACAAGGGGGAGUAAGGGACUUUGGCAUAACCACCUGUUCUAAAAAGAUCUUCGUAUUCGGUGGUAAAACUGGACAGUGUACUCAGUUGGACUACUGUCAUAUCACAGAUGCUGUUCAAUGUUAUGACCCUUCUUUAAAUGUGUGGACUUUUGUUUCAUCACUACCAAAUCCAAUGCAUGGUGUGAUGGCAUGUACAGUUAACUGUAAGAUAUAUUUGGUUGGAGGACAGUUACCACAUGUUCUGUGCUAUGAUCCUCAGCAAGAAUGCUAUGUGAGAAUGACUGGCCGACUAGCCCCAUGGUGUGCAUGUGGUGCCACUGUGUGUGGCUCUGACGUCUACAUCAUUGGUGGCUGUGACAGAAAGUAUUCACUCAGUGAAACUGAUGAUGAUGAUUAUGACUCCCAUACUGCAGUCCAAUGUUAUAAUGUGCCGAGUGAUACCAUGAUCUUACUGAAGAAAUUCCCACACCCAAUCUCUGAGCACGUCAGUGUAACAAUACCAAAACUAUAAGCUAGAGUUAAGUGUUAACACAGAGCUAGAUUUUACUUACGUUUCAUGGUCGUAGCCGGGUUCUACCCAAGAUUUUAUGUUAGUGGUAUUAUGGCAAAGUAGUAGAGCGUUCAGUUGGGUGGUCUUUUAACAGUGAGGAGAUUUUGAAAAUACAGUAAUAGGGUAAAAAGUUGCCAUUCUAAGGUUACUCACGACAAAAGUGGACAUUUAACACCAUAUGUAAUGAGAACCUGGAUUUUUAGGGUCGGUUUGGAGGAUCAUAUCAAUAUGUAUUUCAUAUUUGAUCAGACAUUGCUACACAAGUAAAUACUUGGUAGCAAAGUAUCACUAUGCUAGUUGAAAAGUAGCGCAGUGGUCCUUGUGUAGCGUGGUGGUCGCAAAUUAUAGUGUGAUUGACCAACAUGCUAAAUGUAUACUAGCUAGAAUCCUUGGUAGACUUGAAGUUGCGCUGGCAAUGAUGUUUAGGGUAGCAUGUUUAACCCUUUUGAGAUAUCAUUUAAUUGAAAAAAAUCCACAGAUAUAAUAGUAGUAGUCCCUUUUCAUAUGCAAUUUGAUUAUUGAUUGUCUUUGGAAUUUUUUAUGGACCUAUACUCACAGAUUUGAGCAUUUCUGAUAGAAUGUACAAGGGGACUUGAUAUAUUGCGGUAAUUCAAUGAGGACUAUUGAUAGAAAACAUAGUAAGUUGCUUUUAGUAAGAACUUGAUUUAACCAAUGAUAUCAUUAUAAUAUCGUUCUCACUUAUGGUUGUUUAGUAUGUCAUCUUCCUUGGAACACCCCUGCACAAUUGGUUUAAACACCUUCCUGGCCGUCACUAUGGUAACGGUGUGUACCUCAUUGGUUUGUAUUUAUCUUCAUCAGAUAUCCUUCAGCUCACAAUGUAAUAAAGAACAAGAAGGUGCUUCCCGAGACAAACAAAA